ACGCUUCUUUUCUCUCCUUCUUUCCUUUCCUUUUUCCUUCUCUACUAUCCUCUCCACCUUUCAUCCGUACCAAUGUCGAACAAGCCCUCCCCAAAGGCUAUCGCCAAGCUCAAUGCCACCACUCUCUUUCCCGAGAUCCGAAAAGGUGUGGUGCAGAUACUUGUAGCUCAACCCAAUUUUCCUUCAUUAGCCCCACAUCCUUUAUUCACACGGACCAUCGAGAACUGUUCCCAUAGAGAUUGUUGCGAGCCCUUCCAUGUUUGCCAUCCGUGGAUUCUUCAUUUUUAACAUCACCAAGAGAGGCAUUCCUAUGACCGAGUGGUACCUUCUCUUCCAAGGAUUUGACGCUCCAGCGAUUGUUUCCCAGAAGAGACCAGAGAUUCCCAAGGCGAAGCGCGACCAGGAUCCCAUUCCGGUUGCUAUUCUGCAAAUCGACGACGCAGACCUACUGAAUUUCAUGAGCGGUGGCCUGACCGGUCCUCGAGGAAUUGUGAGCGGGAAAAUCAAGAUUGCAGGCGCCAUUGAACUCGCAGAACAGCUGGAGGAGAUUUUCAGGAAGGCCAAGGGCCCCGAGAAGACGCUUGCGUAUCUGGAGCAGAAGCGAGGACGCUCCGAAAGGGCCAGGGCUCGUCUGUGAGCGAUGUUUUUCUCAAAGUAAAUAGAACGAUGGUUCAGAUGAGUGUGGAGUACACACGAGUAAAGUGAAUGGUGUCAAAGCACAGUGGUCCAAUUAUUUGUACUCAUGCAGUGACUGCAGGGGUGCACCUUGUGGUGUACGCCAGAACGCGUAUAUACGGGGACGAAGAGCCAAAGUCUGGAAUGGGAUGGGGACGGAAGACAUACCUAGGGUCGUAUUUAGAAACUAUUAAAACGAGACAAGUGCUAUAACGCGAACAAAGA